GGUGCAGCAGGUGAGAUUCAGUUGAACAUCACCACCUGUUCUGAGUAGUUAUAUAGCUCUGGUGUUUCUAAUUAAUGCUUGAAAAGGGCAAGAAAUGUUUGAUUCUUGAAUCUCUCAGCUUACGGAGAUGCUGAGAAUCCCGCAUAUUAACCAACAGGUGACUAAGUAAAGGCUGAAGAAGUUACACUACAGUGAUCUGUCCUCAUUGCUCAAGGUCGCGAAAGCUUGAAAAAGAAAAACUUACCGGUACGAAAUUGUUUUUACCUAGUUAAUCAUGUAAAGUCAGUGAUUUCAGUAUGGAUAAAUCAUUAAUUAACUCAUGAUGGUGUUGGCUGUUGUACAUGACCUUAUAAAUGAUUUGUACAAAUAAAGAAACUUCAAAAUGAACCAAAAUAGCUGUCAUUACAUUCCACAAACUACACCGUAUAUAAUUAGGAUGAACUAAUGGAGUGCAAUGCCGCUUUCAAGAUUUGUGAAAAAAUCGCUAUGCAAUUUGUCAGUGAAUGCGAGAUGUCAGACUGUAGCCAUUAUGAUGAAGCAAGUGACUGGGUGCCACCCUGGUGGACUGCUGCUUGUGUGUCUUACUCUGGCUGUGGUGUUUAUGAUAGGGGUGUGGCAGGACCCCGCUACACACAAACUCAUCACCCCAUCUCCUGUCAGUGUUCAUCCUCUGUAUCCUUCCCGUGUACCAUUGUUGGAUCUUCCAGGAUUUACCUAUAUAAUUAAUAAUGAUGUUUGCAGCGCGGAUGUUUUUAUAAUAGUGAUAAUCCACACUCAUCCAGCGAAUCGUAUGGAACGGGACCUGAUGCGCCAACACAUCCCAGAGGAGGACCUGAGGGACCUAGGAAUGCGUAGGGUCUUUCUUCUCGCUCGAGCCGAGUGGGAAGAUCAGGAGCUUUACCACAAGACUUCCCAGUGGAGCAUCAAUGAAGAAAACUUAAUGCAUCAUGAUAUAAUCCAGGGAAAUUUCAAGGAGCACUAUCACAACCACUACAAGCACAUUAUGGGCCUACAGUGGGCUACACAUUACUGUCCACACACUAAAUUUAUAAUUAAAAUGGACGAUGACAUAGCCGUUGACUUAUACCAAUUUCGUGACAAACUGAGAACCAGAUUCUGGGACAGAAAAAAUCUUAUUCUAGGACUGAUGCAAAUCGAGGCCAAACCUGUUCGAAAUAAAGCCAGCAAGUGGUAUGUGAGUGAGAAAGAGUAUCCAGAGAAGUAUUACGCCCCGUUCAUGUCUGGCUGGGCUUAUGCCAUGACCAUGGACGCUGCUUCAGCCAUUGUGGCUGAAUCCAUCAAAUGGCCAUACUUCUGGAUCGACGACGUCCAUGUCACUGGAACACUUGCUGAAAAGGUUGGAGUCAAACGUGAAGGGUUGAAUCGCUUCUACACACUCCACGUCGAUCACCUCCACUGUUGCGUUGAACUGCCAAAUAAUGCUGAUUACUUCUGUGAUUUCUUGGUUGGCCCAUCGGAAGGUGACCCGGACGUGUUGGGCAAAGUGUGGGAUCAUGCUCGAUCAUGCUACAUCAACCCAUGCCAGAGACGACCUCCAGAGAUCAGUGUGAGCAAGACCUGUGUGAGGGCUAAACUUCCUCCUCUCGCACCCCUUGGCAAGGGACACGGAGAGAUUGUAAAGGUUUAUGGACCUUUUUUGUAGGAAAACCCCGUGGAAAAUUAUAACUGAUUUGUAUUUUAACAUUAGUUAUUAAAAAUCAAGUGUUUAUUUUACUCAGGCAAUAAAAUCUUUAUUAAUAAUAAUAACACUAAAAGCAGGUGGUAUAUAAAUAAUAAAGAAACUUGACAGGAGAAUUGCUAAAGUAAAUAAUAUAUAUUUUUGAUAUAGCAGGCUACCUUCAUGUUUGGCAGAUUUGAAGUUUUUCAAAAUUUUAUCAAGGAAAUGUAAAUGUAAUUAUGGAUACUGUACAUCUCAAGGGAGGUUCUUUGAUGCUGGUAAAGGGGCUCUUGUUCUCCCUCUUAGAUCAAACCCGAUUGACUCCCAUUUCUCAGGGGCUGUAUAACCCUUUUGGGUUUAAUGCUUCCCACCAGGUAUAAUAAUAAUAUUGUAAUUAAAAGAAAAAGGUGUAACAAUACAUGCAUUCAUUUGAAUGUUUGUUGAUAUGUAACUUUGCAACUAAGAUAGCACUAAAAAGGUUUGAAAUCUGUAAAUGGUUUAAAAUGUGAUGUCUUUUGUUAAGUAGGUGUCAGUUUAAAGAAAUGCAGCGUGAAGAUAAUGCCAUUUUAUUUAUUAGUUACUGAGUAACAACCAGUAAACAAGGAACAUUUUUUCCCCAAGCUGGGUCACUAAUGUAAUGAAGGAUUUCGUGGAUUGUGCUUGGAUGAUUAUUAUCUCCCCAACAUUGUUAAAACCCAGCAUUUUCUAUGGUUUAUAUAACGAGUUAAAAUCCUAGUUACUGCUAAGUAAUAAUUUCAUUGGUGCCACAGAUCUGUAUAAAAAUGUAUUAUGCAAUGGCUUUCUAGUCUUUUAAAUGUGUACAAUUUUUUAAUAGAAAAGUAUAUAAUCAA